UCGGGGCGGGAUCAGCAGACGCUGAGGAAGCUGCCACGAUGACGAUGAGUACAAACAACUGCGAGAGCAUGACCUCGUACUUCACCAACUCGUACAUGGGGGCGGACAUGCAUCAUGGCCACUACCCGGGCAACGGGGUCACCGACCUGGACGCCCAGCAGAUGCACCACUACAGCCAGAACGCGAAUCACCAGGGCAACAUGCCCUACCCGCGCUUCCCGCCCUACGACCGCAUGCCCUACUACAAUGGCCAGGGGAUGGACCAGCAGCAGCAGCACCAGGUCUACUCCCGCCCGGACAGCCCCUCCAGCCAGGUGGGCGGGGUCAUGCCCCAGGCGCAGACCAACGGUCAGUUGGGUGUUCCCCAGCAGCAACAGCAGCAGCAGCAACAGCCCUCGCAGAACCAGCAGCAACAGCAGGCGCAGCAGGCCCCGCAGCAACUGCAGCAGCAGCUGCCGCAGGUGACGCAACAGGUGACACAUCCGCAGCAGCAACAACAGCAGCCCGUGGUCUACGCCAGCUGCAAGUUGCAGGCGGCCGUCGGCGGACUGGGCAUGGUUCCUGAGGGAGGAUCGCCUCCUCUGGUGGAUCAGAUGUCCGGUCACCACAUGAACGCCCAGAUGACGCUGCCCCAUCACAUGGGACAUCCGCAAGCGCAGUUGGGCUAUACGGACGUUGGAGUUCCCGACGUGACAGAGGUCCAUCAGAACCAUCACAACAUGGGCAUGUACCAGCAGCAGUCGGGAGUUCCGCCGGUGGGUGCCCCACCUCAGGGCAUGAUGCACCAGGGCCAGGGUCCUCCACAGAUGCACCAGGGACAUCCUGGCCAACACACGCCUCCUUCCCAAAACCCGAACUCGCAGUCCUCGGGGAUGCCGUCUCCACUGUAUCCCUGGAUGCGAAGUCAGUUUGGUAAGUGUCAAGAACGCAAACGCGGAAGGCAGACGUACACCCGGUACCAGACUCUAGAGCUAGAGAAGGAGUUUCACUUUAAUCGCUACUUGACCCGUCGGCGAAGGAUCGAGAUCGCCCACGCCCUGUGUCUCACGGAGCGCCAGAUAAAGAUUUGGUUCCAGAAUCGGCGCAUGAAGUGGAAGAAGGAGAACAAGACGAAGGGCGAGCCGGGAUCCGGAGGCGAGGGCGACGAGAUAACACCACCCAACAGUCCGCAGUAGGAUCGACGGAGUCUACCCAGUUAAAUGAAAUUUCUAUCUAAAUACAAUUUACGUUAGUUCGGAGAGCGCAAAUGAAUUUACUUCGAUCCCAGAGGACUAUCUAUUAACUAUCCAAUCCGUUGAACUUCGCGUGAACAAACCUAAACUAAACUAAACAAAGAGCAGAGCUGAGAACUCUACCUACAACUUAGUUAAUUGUUAUUAUUUUCUACUUAUUAUUUAAUUGUACACGAAAGGCAAGUGGAGAAAGCGAAAUAAGAUAAACGUAAAGAUAGCGAUUACGAUAAAGAUACAAGUAAAGCGUAAAACUCAAACAAAACCAACUCAUGUGACCUCAGAUCUAAAUAAGCUAUAUUUAACUAUAAUGCAUAUAUAUAUACACAUAAAUAUAUGGAUAACUAUAAAUGAUACCAAGUAAAGCUAAAGGCAAGGAGUUAUAUAUAAAUAAAUAUAUAUGAAGCAUAUAUACUGUAACAUUAGAUCUACGCGUCAUAAGUACUGUACGAUUAACUUAUAUAUACACCCCAGCAUAAACCCUAAACCUAAAACCUAAACAUUAAACUAAAUCAAUGUUUGUAGCAAUCCUAGCGCAAAAAUAUAAAAUAAAAUCCAAUAAAUAAAAAUAAAAAACAAAUGGCGUCAAAAUCCAUUGCAUGUUGGUUCAUAAAACCUAUAAAUUUUUCGUAACUCUGAACAUGAUAACAGAAAACUUUGACCUAAGUGAAUGUCGCACUUUUAGACAAAGAAAUACCAAAACUACGAAAGAAGCGUUGCUUAAAGUAAACUAAACGUUUUACACAUACAAUAAAAGUAAAACCUAUAAACUGGCAGAUGCUUAACUAUAAAUAGAAAGAAAUCGCAAAAGAUUGGCCAACUUAAAAAAAAUAGAUGUAUAUUUCUACGGCAAUUUAACUUUCAAAAACUCGCAAUUGGGAUACUUAUGCUUAACCAAUUUGAGAGUUCCCCUUUAUUUGGCUUAAAUACCCAUUAUAUCUAUAUUUUAUUUUAUUUGUAAUUUCUUGUGCAAUUUUUAGUUCUUGCGAAAAAACAAAAUUCGAAUUAGGUCGAAAAGGAUAUAAAGUAUACCGAAUUACAAAAAAAUACGAAUUGGCAAGUGAGGAAGAAAAAUAAAAAUUGUUAACAGAGAAACAAAAAUCAUAUGUAUAAAUAAUGAAUUCUAACAAAACCCCUGUAAAGUAGUAAAUUGAAAUGCAUUAUUAUACGAGAAUGUAGGGAAUCCAUUUUGAAAGAGCAACCGAACGAUUUAAAUAUGAAUAUUUGCCUAACAACUAUAUUAAUGUAUGUGUACGUAACUUAAACUCAUUUUCCACGCCAUCUGUGGAAAUCCAUAUACCAAAGUCAAAGGAACGAAGGAGAAAGAAAAAGGAGGACGGAAUGGCAAACUAUAAAGUAUCAUAUGUUUAUAUGUAGAUAUAUAUAUUUAAA